AUGAUAUCAUCACAUACUGCCACAGACUACCAUUUUAGACACCAAAGAGGGGCGCAGCUAUGCGGUCAUGAUGAGGCUAAGCGCAAACUGCAUAUCGGUGAGUGUGGAGAAAAGGACGAUACUUCAAAAGCUGGCAUCGGUCAAGGGCCUACGGAGAUUGGAAGACUAAGCGGCCAGAAUUCCUGCCGGAGUGGCUACACGAGGCAGUUAGUGGCCAGGCUCGAAGGAUGCCUGGACAAACUAAACUGGUCAUGGGCAUUGGUGCUCUCGAAAAGUGCAGGAAGCGGUCGAGUUUCUUCAGAAGGCAAGAGGAAAGAUUUGAGUUUAAGAAUUUCAAAGUCUGUCAGGUGCCAGUUAUUGUUGGGUUAA